UCUAUGGUGUCUGCUUCAGUUUCUGCCUCAAGUUCCUACCUUUAAUUCCUUUCCUGACUCCCCUUCAUGACGGACUGUAACCUGUAAGGACGUUGCUUUCUUCAAUCAAUCAACAUGAAUCCAGUGGCAGACACAGUCAUCUUUUUUGGAAAGUUUCUAUAUUACUUUUUAGAAUCUUUAGUUUUCAAGGUAAUUCCUAAAAAGAAAAAGGAUGUUUCUGGAGAGAUUGUACUUAUAACAGGAGCUGGUAGUGGACUUGGAAGGCUACUGGCCAUGCAUUUUGCCAGUCACGGGGCCACUUUGGUUCUCUGGGACAUUAAUCAAGAAGGCAAUAUGGAAACAUGUAGACUGGUCAAACAAAAAGGUGAUGUGAAAGUUUUUGCCUAUACGUGUGAUUGCAGCAAAAGAACGGAGGUCUACAGAGUUGCUGACCAGGUUAGAGAAGAAGUCGGUGAUGUCACCAUUCUUGUUAAUAAUGCAGGUGUUGUAACAGGGAAGUCAUUACUCAAUACUCCAGAUCAUUUGGUGGAAAAAUCAUUUCUUGUCAAUGCCAUCUGUCACUUCUGGACUUGUAAAGCCUUCCUUCCUGCCAUGAUUAAAGCUAACCAUGGUCACCUGGUCUGUAUUUCAAGCACAGCAGGACUCGUUGGUAUUAAUGGACUAUCAGAUUAUUCUUCAAGCAAAUUUGCAGCCUUUGGCUUUGCUGAGUCUCUCUUCCUUGAGUUAACUAUGGCAAAAAAAACUAAAAUUAAAAGCACCAUCGUUUGCCCAUAUUUCAUCAAAACUGGAAUGUUUGAAGGCUGUACAACCAAGUAUCCAUUGCUCUUACCUCUCCUGGAGCAGGAGUUUGUGGCUCAAAAAAUAUUCAAUGCUAUUUUAGAGGACCAAGUUUACCUCCUCAUACCCAAGUUUAUAUAUUUUGCAUUGCUUCUCAAACAAAUAAUAUCUCCAAAAAUGAUGAUUGCCCUGUGUGAGUACCUUGGCGUGGACUCGUGUAUGGCUUCAUUCACAGGAAGAUCCAAAGCAGAAGAGCUGCAGAUUGAAACAGAAAGGAAAGAGCAAUAGCUCAGGCCUCGACCAUGAUAAUCACAUACAGAGAUGAGACAGCACAUUGUUGGAAACCACCCCCCACUAGUGGUUGCAACAUGCCAAUGUACCUGAGGUUAUCCAGGUUUUGGAAAGUAUGCAGCUUGUCUUCUCAGGAGACAAUUUGCACAUGGCUUUUUCUUUAUCUCUUCUUCUCUCUCCUUGUUUUUUUUUCUCUCUCUCUCUCAAAAAUAUUCUCAAUAUACUAUCUAGACUGGCCUUUCAUAAUCCUCCUGCCUCAGCCUUUGAGGGCUAGAUUUGUAGACAUUUAUCACCUUUCUCAGCCACACUGAUAUUUUUCUAAACAUUUAUAUUAUUUAUCCAGAUUCCCAUAUAAUUCUUCAGCUUGUUGCAGUCUUUUCAGUGAACUCUAAACAGACUAUGGGAUCCUGUGAUAAAACCUAUGAUCUAUAGGAUCAUAUAGAUCCUAUAGUUAUAAAACAUUAAUGCAAAUUGGCCCAAAUCUCACUUUAAAAUAGAAUAUAAGACACUUCCCAAAAAGAGGUGACUAUAAGUAAUGAACUUGUAAAUCAAUGCUGUGGGCUGAUAAUUUUCAACAUAUAUCUUAAUUUGUAGUUAAAAAUGUUUACUUCACAAAAUGAAGGCUAAUUUAUGUUGCCUAUUAACUCCUACUAGGUUUACAUGAUCAUAUUUAGACUGUUAGUACAUCUAAAACUGAACAUGCUUAUUGAAUUAAAGAAAUCUGUAACUUACCAGUUUUGUUUGCAUCCCAAUGUGUUGAACAAUUCUUCACUCUUUUACUUCAUGAGAAAAAUAAACAACUUAGACUUUCUAUACUCUGCUGGCUUGUAAAUAAAACUUAUUUUUCUAAUGACA